UUUACUGCAGUCUCAAGUCGGUAUAUAAACAGUGUAACACAUUACCAGCAUGUCUAGUGCAGUAGGAGUUGUUCGGUCAGAGUCAGUCUGACUUUAACCUUAAUAAGGUUCAUGCGUAGUUAUAUUUAUUUUAACAGGAGCCAUGAAACUGUACCAGACACUCCGUAAUGUCGGCAAGUUCCGAACAUUUUUCGACUUUGGUGAACGGGAAGUAGCUCACUGGUUCCCCGGUCAUAUGGCUAAAGGACUCAAGCAGAUGAGAGCCUGCCUCAAGAGUGUGGACUGCAUUAUAGAAAUUCACGAUGCCAGAAUCCCCUUCUCCGGAAGAAACCCUGUGUUUCAUGAGACUUUAGACGUCAGACCACACCUGCUAGUUCUCAACAAGAUGGAUCUCACUGACCUAUCCAACAAGCAGAGAAUCCUGAAGACGCUAGAAAGAAAUGGGCAGAGGAAUGUUCUCUUCACAGACUGUUUAAAGCAGAGAGACGACAGCAUCAAAAAACUGGUGCCAAUGGUGGUGGAUAUUAUUCAGAACAACCCACGCUUUAACAGAGAUGAGAAUAUAAAUUAUUGCCUGAUGGUGAUCGGAGUGCCAAAUGUAGGGAAGUCAUCUCUUAUUAACUCAUUAAGAAGAACAAACUUGAAAAAAGGUCGUGCGUCUCGAGUAGGUGGGGAGCCAGGUAUAACAAAAGCGGUCCUGACAAAAAUUCAGGUGUGUGAGCGACCCAUAAUUCAUCUGUUGGACACACCAGGAGUCUUGCCUCCGAAGAUUCAGAGUGUUGAAACAGGCAUGAAGCUGGCUUUAUGUGGAACUAUUCUGGACCAUUUAGUGGGUGAAGACAUCAUCGCUGACUACUUACUGUAUUCUCUGAACAGACUAGGGAAGUUCAGUUACGUGGAGAAAUAUGACCUCCAAGAGCCUAGUGAUGACAUCCAACAUGUCCUCAAAUCCAUUGCUGUAAAACUCAGAAAAACACAGCGGGUCAAAGCCAUUACUGGAGUGGGGAACGUUACCGUCACCGUCCCAAACUACACAGCAGCAGCUUACCAUUUCAUAAGAGCUUUCAGGAAAGGAGAGCUGGGACAAGUAAUGCUGGACUGACUGGAGCUUUUUUACAUGAAGAUAACCAGAGCCUGUUUCUGGGUUUUACCAGUUUGCUCUCAGCCUGGAUGGGUUUAUAUGUAACCACAAAAUGGGAUGAUGUAAAAUGUGUCUUUUGUAAAUUAAAAAAAAAAAAAAAGUAACUUGAUUCAGAAA